AUUUCGCAUGUUUGGGCGACGCCAUCAGGAGGCGUUCCUUCAUAUGCUGCGCGUGUGCACGAGCCUCCACACCGUGCAGCUUCCGUAUGCGGUCGACGUGCUUGAAGCCAUGACGACGCCGGCCCACUGCGUCCAGGACCUUGAGCUCCAACACCGCAGCAACAGUCCAGAGUACCCACUCGACGCCGCGCCGAUCAUUGAGCGCUGGCUUGCGUCGGGCCACGCGCGACGCUUGAGCCUCGUUGGCUUCAGCACUGGCGACGCAGGUCUCGGCAAAGCGCUGGCGCUGGCGGCAUCGACGCUCUCGAAUCUGUGCUUGACAGAUUCGCCUGCCGUCGUGGAGACCAUCAUUUCAAAUGGCGUUGCGUGGACGCACCUCACGGAGCUUGACCUCGGCCUCAGCAUCACGUCAACUGGUACGCCAUUACGUGAGCUCGUGCCGCUGCUCAACCUGUCGAAGCUCCAGAAGCUCACCCUUCGCGACGCCCCAGGCAACAACUUGGACUUCUUUGAGACCAUCCUGCCUUCCCUCGUGGCGCUCACCGACCUCCGUCUCGUCCACGUCAACCGCUGA